AUGAGCGUGUUCCAGGAGAGGGUGCUCCUCAUAACCGGCAGCACGUCGAACACAUGGCGGGCGCUGUCAGGACCCCGGACCCGGGUUCCCCUGUGCCUCCUCCCUUCUGGCCGCCGUUCCGUCGUGGCCGAGCCGUCACCUCGCGCCACCGAUCGGACUGCAGCUCCACCGCGCCUCCGGCCCUCCCCUCUUCCUCCCACGGUCGCGCCACCCGUGCUGCCGUCCGCGCGCCGCGCGCGCUGCCUCGCCGCGCCCAGCCGCACCGCGCUGCGCACAGCCGCCGCCCGCGUGCGCCAUGCCGCCUACUUGCCUCGGCCGGCCACCAUCCCUCCGGCGAGCUCCAGCCUCAACCCCCCCGGCGUCCUCUCCCUCUGCCGGCCUCACAUCUCCGGCUCCUCCUCCCUCUCCGGCGCCACCAUCUCCACCGGCGCGUGCCGCGCAGCUCCACCGUGUGCCGUCGUCGGCGAGUUCCGCCACCGCCUCCCUCUCCUCUCCGGCCGGCUUCUACUCUCUCCCCGGCCGCUCCCCUUCUCCCUCCAGCGCCGCCGCCGCCCCUCACUCCGGUCUCCUCCGCCUCUCUCUGAGCCGCACAGGCAAAAUGGCCCGGCUGGCCUUAUCCCUUCAGCAGCCCCUCUGCCGUGUGGGCCCACGGACCGGUCCACCGGCCGUGGUCCAUGGUGGACCACACAGCCGCGCCCAACUCCGGUCCGCCGAGUCCACCGGCUCAUGAACCGAUCCCACCGCACCAGCCCACAGCCCGGUCUACGGUGA